AUGGGCGACAAGAGAAUGGUUCACAGAGGUACUGGAAUGGAGGGUGGACACCCCCAGAAGUCUCCCUUUGAGAAGUCGAUUCGCAAUCUGGAAUCGAAAGUGCUUGCCUUAGAAGGCAAAAGUGAAAGUGCAAAGUGCAGUGACAGUGCCCCUUGUGUUGUGGAGGGUGCGUCAGAUCGGCCCCAUUUCGCCUCUAGGCCUGUACCUCUGCAGGACUUCCAGGUUUCAGGGAGAGGGCAUGUCGAAAGCCGAAGGAGGGUUAUGGGGAACCCCCACCGAUCUGACGUGCCUUUGGCAGUUUCUGUAGACGCUACCCAGACUGCCAAGGAGCGUGCGCAUGCACGCCUCCUCAAGGAGUGCUUUUCGUCAUCCGAGGCUUCCUCCCCGCGGAAGGGGUGGAGUUCUCAGUCAGAUUCACGCCCGUUGAAAAGGAGCGUUUGUGAACGGGACGCUUCACGUCCUGGGAUUUCUCCCGAUCGACGAUCUUCGCCUGAUAGUGCCUUCGCGGCCUUCCCGCCGCAGAAGAGGAGUAGGGCGUCAUCAGAGGAUGACUCCUUCGAGCGCCCCAGUCACUCCAGAGUUCGCUCAGUGGCAGUUCCUGUGAGAAGGAAGAAGGCGUCCCCUCGCCCCUCGCCUUCUCAUAGGAUCAGCCCCUCUCCUGUUAGGGAGUCUUCUCCUACUGAGAAGAUUCUUUGCUCCUUACAGCAACAACUUGCUUGUGUGAUUUCUCAGAGAAAGACGCAACCACGUCAUCGGAGGAAGGAUGACAGGCUGCCCGUCAAGAGAUCUAGACAGUCUCCCUCUCUGUCUCCUCGUUCGUCUCUUUCACCUGUAUCGUCGCCUUCUAGAGUUCGUGAGGCUCCCCAGCGGCUUUCUAGAGGUCGCGAAGAUGUUGUUUCUCGCUCUUCGCGUAAGCGUUCAGGUUUAAGACUCGGACCUGAAGGUCUUGUACCUUCUCUUGUUCCUCCUACUUCACCUGUAUCUGAAGAUGAGGUGAGCGGGGCUUCAGAAGAAGCUGAUGAUGAUCAACCACUUGCGCCUGUCUCUUCGGAUUACCAGGUCUUGACCCGCCUUCUUCAAUCUUCAUUCGGAGACACCUUUCAACCUGCAGCUCCUCGCUCUCCCCCCUCUCAGCUUUUGUCUUCAAAAGUCAACAAGGCUUCGGGGUUUGUUCGUAUGAAGAAGUCCCUUUCGACUAAAAGAGCCUUUCGCAAAGUCCAUGAUUGGAUGGAGCGAAGGAAGGCUCAAGGCAAGACCUCUUUUGCUCUUCCGCCGUCUAGACUUAGCGGGAAAGCAGGGAUGUGGUACGAGACAGGCGAGGACGUCGGUCUCAGACUUCCCUCUUCUGCGCAAGGAGACUUUGCAAGUUUAGUGGAUGCCUCGAGGAGGUCCCUCCUUGCUUCAUCCAAGGUGACAUGGUCGACGACGGAGAUGGACUAUCACCUUAAAGGCCUCUUUCGUUUGUUAGAGGUCUUUAACUUUUUGGAUUGGUGUCUUGGAGUUCUGGAUACCAAGUCACGGAGUCCCGAUUCGAUUAGCCUGGGGGAGCUGUCCAGUGUCAUGUCGUGUAUUGACAAGGCCGUCAGGGAUGGUUCGGAGGAGCUGGCUGCGCAUUUUUGCACAGGACUCUUGAAGAAGAGAUCCCAUUUUGCAACUUCACUGUAA